AUGGUUGCUGCCUCGAACGGUUUCUAUCAAAAAAGAAGUAAUGAUCAAAAAUCAGACGCUGAAUUCAUCUUUGGUGGCGUUGACCACAAUGUCUACAAAGGCGACAUUGCUUAUUUCAAAUUACCUACUUGUGAUUACGGCGACUCCCCCUUCUGGAAGACUGAAAUCAAGUGCGUCAAAUUUGGCGAUAAGAUUGAUAUCAAAUUGGCUCCUAAAUCAUUGGCAUCUUUGAGCACCGGCUCUAAUUCUAUCUUGGCUCCUACCAAACAAGCAGAUCUCUUGCACGCUGCCAUUGAUGCUAAAUAUGAUGAGGAUGAAGGUGUAUACAGAUUGGAAUGCUGCGAAGACCUCGACGACUUGCCCACUUUCAAGAUUGAUUUCAAUGGUUAUCGUGUCUCUUUGCCUCCCAAGCUCUACAUCAAGAAGGAUGGUGAAAAGAAGUGUCAUACUCUCAUCGGCCGCAACAAGGGCACAGAUAAAGACUGGAUUUUGGGUGGUGCUUUCCUCAACAACUUCUAUCAUAUCUAUGAUGCCAGCAACAACCAAAUCGGUCUUGCUAUCCCCAAAGGUGGCUGUGAUGCCAAGAUCACCAAACUCUCUAAAUAG